UUCCUUCGCAUGGAUCUGGCUGAAGUGUGUCUCAACAAGGCAACUCCAGUGUUUUCGUGGCGACUGCCAACGCAAAGGCAGAAGGAAAGAAGCUGCCAUUUUAGGUUUUAGUUCAGCAUUUUUCGAAAUAGGAUGAAAGAAAAGCACGACAGUUAGCUUACAAUACAUCGCGAAUAGCACAUUUUAAUGCAGAAAUGGAUUUUGGUCAAAUUCACUGACAAUUUGUUAGAACGCGCAUCUUCUACUGAUAGACGGAGAGACGAUUGUUUUGGUGAGCCGUGCCACAGUUGCCAUGUGGUCCACAUUCUACAUGCAGGAGGAGGAUGGAAGGGGGGGCGGAGCCGGGGGAGGGUCCAGCGGCCUGACGGGAGUGAUGGGGAUGCGGGGAGGCAUGGGCAAGCGGCGGGCAGCGCCGACCACACCGAGCACCGGACAGGAGGGGCAAGUCAAGACGUUGUUCUUUGUUGCCGUUAUUGGUGUGGCCCUCACCAUCUUGGGCUUGGGAACCGACUACUGGGUGGAGCUGGCCCCGCCCAAGACCUACUACAGCAACGAGACGUGUAUGGUGGCUCAUUACGGGCUGUGGAAACGCUGCCUGACCACCCUGUGGGCGACAGACAUCGACCCCGAAAGGGAGAGCUGUGGGCCGGCCAACCUGCCUGGAGAGAUAGAAUCAAACUGCACAUUCUUCAAGUUCUUUACUUCUGGGGACAAUGCAGUUAUAUUUCAGAAGACAACUCAGAAGAGUCUGAGUGUGGCUGCUGCCAGCUUGGCCCUCCUGAGCCUCUUCCUGAUGGUGACGGCUGCCGUCUGCAUCAUCAUGUCCCUCAGUAAAGGAGAGAAGUUCUUCCUCAAACCUGCGUCCGUCUGUUUCACUCUCUCAGGCAUUCUGGUCCUGCUGUCGCUCAUCGUCUUCCACCAGUCUGUCCUCGCCCUUCUUGCCAGCGACCACACCGUCCCGAUUCACCACGAGCUCUCCUGGUCUGCAUCCUGCAUAGGGAUAUCCGGGGCCAUCCUCACUGUGGCUGGUUUGCUCUUUAUGCUGCUCACCCUCCCCUUUAGCCCCUGGGAAAGGUGUUUACCUCACGAUCACAGUGCCACCUAGUGGCCUGCAGGGUAUUGUUUUAAAUCAAGCACACAAACUGCUUCAUGGGAAUUACUCAUAAUACGGACAAUACCAAAUCCUAGACUUUAUACCACCUCGGCUAGACAGUAUAUGGAACAUAACAGUAAAAAAAGGUAACGUGGCUGUUUGGUGGAAUAUUGGCUGGUCCUAAAACAUGCCGUAAUUUCUGUUGGCAAUUUAACUGCAAAACAAAGAUGGAUCUUACUUUGUCUCUCUCCUCCUCUGCAUGUGUGUAAUUCUUUUCCUUGGCAUCUUAUAAUGAAAAUCUGUACCGUUCUGUCUACGUGAAGUGAGACUUCUCAGACUGAUGCUCCUUCUUGCAUUGUUAUGUUACAAGUCGGCUCUCUCUGAAAUGUUGGUAAUAUUGGUGUUUCAGCAUUGUAUAUGUACAGCAUGAGUAAUAUUGGACAAGCCUAUAUAAUCACAGGUGGACUCCCUGAGGUGGAUGCAAUUCAUUGAGUGUCCUGGAUAGUGAAAUUCAGAGGAACCCCUGCAUCAGAAAAAAGGGGAUUCAGAUCCAUGUAGGAAUGUAGAGCCCUCCCCUUGCACAACAAAAAUAUAUUUUCAGUAUAUGGAGAUCUAAUAUAUUGCCAUUAUUGCUUAGUUAUUAUUUUAUGACAGGUGUUUCUGAUAAUAUUUUCAGUAUUUAAGUGCACAUACCAAUAACAUUAAAACAGAACAUGGACUUGUUUGUGAAAUGAGAAGAUGUUACUUGAAAUGUCAAAAAUUUGUUUUGAGACAUUUUUAAAUAUUAGACAUAUUUGGCAUAUUAAAAUUAUACCACGUAUUACCACUUUGGUCUCAGGGGAAUACAUCUGAAUAUAACCAAGUGAAUGUAUUAUUAAGCAAAAAUAUAUGUGUUUGAAAAUAUAUUUGGAGCGCUUCCCAUAUUCAAAUGUAUUAUUCAAUGUUUUACAGUAUGUUUUUCAAAAUACGGCAAUAUAUUUUUGUUCUGUAAGGGUGAUGCUCGAGGUUCUCUUAAUUGCAAGGUUCUUACCUUAUUUGCUACUAUUAAAUAAUUAUGUAUGCAUGAGUAUGAAAAAUGGAAAAUAUAGAAAAUGUUCUAAUCCUAACAUCGCCAGGAACCCAAACAAAGCAACAAAAAAAUGAUUACGGUAGGGAUUUGGGAAUUUAUACAGUGUUCCCCUCUUUUAAAGAUUGCACUCACAUUCUAAGGCAUCAGGCCUGUAUAACGUUGUUCCUUUCCUUUCUCUUGAAAUGAGAAUGUAUAGGCUACUGCAUAUUCUAUGUGCAGGACUGUCAGUGUAUGUGUCCUUUUUCUCUGUAUUUAAAUAAAAAAUGGAUGUUGGUAA